CUUUCAAACCCGCUCCUUUCCCGACUCCGCUUUUCUGUCCUCGCUUUCUCAAGGCUGUUGCGCAUCACAGCCACUCGGCACGCUGCCACCGUCAUCGCAUCCCCGCUUCGUCGCUUCGGUGCAUCUUCGGCCUUCCCUUCCCGCUCGUUACCCUCGUCUGUCUGCUGCAUUCGCAAGAUCUCUCAGUCCACCAUGAUGGUUCGCCUGUCUGCCGUGCUCCUGGCUGUUGCCCUCUUCUCUGCUGCCCCUCUUUCCCUGGCAGCCAAGCCGGUGCUCGAAGGCAGCUUUGUUGGUGAGCACGCACACGUGACGAACAUGGCGGGCAGCACGUGCAGACGCGUGUUUCUGGUGUGUCUGUGUGCGUGUGUUGGGCAGAUGCCGACAAGAGCGUGUCAGGGACCAUCCAGGUGCUGGAGGAGGAUGACGGCUCCUACUCGGUCAAGUUUAUGGACUACGAGACCUCUGACGGCCCCGACCUCUUCCUGUACGCACACACGCCACACGCUAUUCCAUGUAUCUUGCUUGGCUCAUCUGUGUGUGUGCGUGUAUGUGUUGUGUGUGUGCAGGUACUUCUCGCCCCAGGAGGGCGCUACUGGCAUUGGUGGCGGUGCGCUGAUGGUGGAGCUGGCGCCUGACGUCAAUGCUGCAGGGCAGGCCCUCUUCGAAGGGUGAGUCACUGAUUGCCUGACGCACCGACUCACAGAGAGAUGCAUGUGGAGGUUGGUUGGUGUCUGCCCACUGUGGUUCCUUCCUCUGCGUUUUGUGUUGGUUUUCCAUUCAGUGAGGCCAUGUCCAAGCUGCCGGCCGACUUCGACCCGGAGCAGGCCAAGCGGGCCCUCAUCUGGUGCCGGGAGUUCGCCGUGCUUUUCGGGUAUGCCGACCUGAAGCCCGUCGAGCGCCGCUCUCUGCGUGGAUAGAUGGAUGGAUGCAUCAACAGCAGAGAGGUGUGUGGUCACUUUUUGUGACCGUUGCGUGGAUGGGAUGCCGCGUAGACCUGAUGAUGUGCUUGUUUAGCGAGCGUGCAUACACACAUGGGUACAUACAUACAUAUGGGUAGGUAGGGAGAGAGAUAGGGAGAGAGGAGCUACACCCGCGUCGAUCCCAGCUGCUGAGAUGUGAUGUGUGAGGGAGAGGUACCGGCACGCCGACUGAGACCGUUUCUUGUUGCGGUGGGUAUUGAUUUUGAUUUAACACUGGUGUGUUGUUAAAUCAAGAUCCAUACCCAUGUCAACAGCAAACUGUCUCAGUAGAGAGGGAGGGCGGAUGGGGUGGGAUUCAUUUCUGUGGUGUGUGAGCACGAGAACAGAUGGGGGAUGGAUGGAUGGGUGAUGCAUUUGUGGUGUGUGGUUGAGUGAUUCGUCUGAUAGAGGCGAAUGCACUUGCUUGUGUGGUGGCUGACGUGAUGCUAUGGAAUGGACGGUAACACAUUCAUUGAUCUGAACCAGUGCGGACAGCAUGUAAAAUGAGACGACGCACAACAGUUGCGCACGCAUAAAGCAAAC